UGCCUGUUUUCAAACGCUCAGUACCAUAUUUUCCAACCGUUCGAUACAGACGCGAUUCCACGCGGUUUCUCUCGCGCAAAUCAACCGGACGGACGGUGCGUGCACUCGAGGGAAAGAAAAGGUGUCAACCGACGGCUACGGCGCGGCGGCCAGAUUCGCGACGACGCGCUUUUUCACAUCUCCAGAUUUCAGCGCACAGAUCCGACGGAAAGUGAUGCAUCGCUCGAGUGUGUAAACAGAGAUAUUACUGCUGCUGGUGGUGCUGCUGCUGCGUGGAGCCAGUGAUUUAUUGCACCAAAGAUCCAGUCAAGUCAUUGGCGGGCUUCCAUCAGUGCAGUCGAGUCCGCGGAGGAAGUAGAUUGGAGAAAAUUACUUUCCCAGUGUGAGCCAGUGGAAUGACUACCCGAGGGAUAAGGCGGAAAAAGUCAUACCUGGCAGAGAUUAAAGUAGCUGUGAUAGGUGCUCCGAGCGUGGGGAAAAGCGCGUUAACGGUUCGUUUCAUCACCAAACGGUACAUUGGCGAGUACGACCAUCAGGCAGAAAAUAGAUACAAAUAUGAAAUCAUGGUCGAUGGAGAGGCGGUGCUGUGCGAAAUUUGGGAUACAUGUCCAAAGAUCGAAGAGAACAGCGAAGCCACCCUGACGGCCGGUUCGGAGGCCGUCCAGUGGGCGGACGGCCUACUCCUGGUGUACUCCAUCACCGAUCGGGAUUCGUUCAACUACAUCCGCAAAGCGAAGGAGGAGCUCCCGUGCGACACGACCCCGGUGGCGCUGGUCGGCAACAAGGUGGACAUGGUCCACCUGCGACAGGUCAGCACCGACGAGGGCGAAAUCCUGGCCAAGGACUUUGAGUGCAAGUUUUGCGAAAUUUCUGCCGCCGAGCACGUGUACCAGGUGGCCGAGGCAUUCCACGACCUCUGCCGGGAGGUGAUAGCUGCCAAGCGCAAGUCCAAGCAGAGUUUCAUCGAGAAGAUCGACCGGAUGCUGAGCGGGUCGCGGACGUACAACCGGGGCAAGAGUGAUAGCAUUUCGCCGAAGGAUUGAGCCGCGGGCGGGCGGGGGUGACACAGGAUGGACGCGUGGAUUGUAGUGUGUAUUAUUUAGCCAAUUAAAUGGGGCGUGGAGAACUGGACUCCUAUCAACGGUAUUAAUUGCUAUUAGUUUGGACUGGUUGAUGAUUUGCGUGGGAAAUACAGAUGGUGGCCGAGAGUGGGUUUGCCCUAGCCAUACAA